AUGUCUCGGCUAAUAGGAUGUAUACUGAGCAUUGUGCUUGUCGCUGGUGCGUUUGGGGAGGCUCUCCCCGACGCAGAGGCUGAUCCCGCUUGUAAUAACUGCGGGCAACGACCCCCUUACAUUAAGGGUGCUAGGGGUCGACCCGGCGCGUCUGGACCUCCAGGCUCUCCUGGUAGCCCAGGUAUGAGAGGAUCUGUCGGUUCCCCUGGAGUGAAGGGAGACCGAGGUAUGUCUGGAGAGACCGGUCCCCCUGGACCUACUGGUGAUUCUGGACUUCAAGGACUGGGUGGACCAGUUGGAGAACCUGGUGAUGCCGGCCAAUCCGGAUAUCCUGGCCGUGAUGGAGUUGACGGUAUUCCCGGUACUCCUGGCGUUGACGGGUGUAAUGGAACAAAGGGAGACAUGGGUCACCCCGGUAAGGACGGAUCACAAGGUACUCCCGGUCAGAAGGGAGCUGGUGGUCUGCCUGGAUCUGCAGGAGAGCCUGGAAGACCCGGUAUGGACGGAGGAAAAGGAGAAGGAGGACGCAAUGGAGAACCUGGUCGACCUGGAAUCUCGGGUGGUAAAGGAAAUCCAGGAAGAGCAGGCGGUCCUGGAGAGUCUGGUGGUCGUGGAGAACCUGGUCGUGAUGGAGGUAAAGGAGAGCCCGGCAGAGGUGGUAUGGACGGUCGUCCUGGUGCCCCAGGGUUAAAGGGGGUCAGAGGACUCCCUGGAAGGAGUGGAAAUGACGGAGCUGCUGGACUAUCAGGUGCUAAAGGUCGUGAUGGUACCCCCGGUACUAGAGGUCUAGGAGGAACCCCCGGCAAAGACGGAUUGCCUGGCCGAGCUGGAGAAAAAGGAUCUCCUGGUACUUCUGGAAACCCAGGAAGGGACGUAAGUUAUUGUGGAUCUAAAGGAGAUGCUGGUACUCCAGGUCUACCCGGAGAACGAGGUCGACCCGGUCUUCCAGGACAAGGAGAAAGGGGAGAACCUGGCAGACCAGGUGUACUAGAGAGGUUACCCGGACUCGCUGGAGACAAAGGAGAGCCAGGGAAGUCAGGUCGAAAUGGUCUACCCGGAAGUUCUGGUGCCAAAGGAGAUCGUGGUACUUCUGGACGAAACGGUCAAAAGGGGGAAGGCGGACGAAAUGGUGAACCAGGAAGGCCUGGUUUAGAUGGUAGUCCAGGGACGAACGGACGAGACGGAGGUAAGGGGAGUCCAGGUAGAGAUGGAGGUAAAGGAGACCGAGGAACACCAGGACUUCCUGGACAGCCUGGAGAUAGAGGAACUCCUGGUACUCCUGGAGAAAAAGGUCGCACUGUAAACGGAAAAGACGGAGAUAAAGGAAGCUCAGGAAGGCCCGGAUCCUCCGGAUUACCGGGAAUGAAGGGAGAACGAGGAGAACCCGGAAAUGGUGGUGCACCAGGAGGUCUAGGAAUGAAAGGAGACAGAGGUACUCCUGGAUCCUCCGGACGUCCUGGAACAGGAACACCUGGUACCAAGGGAGAUUCAGGACGACCUGGUGUACCCGGUAGAAAGGGAGAGGCCGGACUUCUCGGGAGACCUGGAACUCCAGGUAUUAACGGUGGAAAGGGAGGUAGAGGAUCAUCGGGACAACCUGGUUUGCCAGGAGGUAAAGGAGAUGCUGGUCGAUUCGGUGCAAGGGGAGAACCUGGCAGGAGAGGAGAACCAGGAACCCCUGGUAGUUCUGGAACACCAGGACAGCGAGGAGACAAGGGAGACGGUGGAAUUAACGGUACCCCUGGAACCCCAGGAGUUAGAGGAACUGAUGGUUCUCCCGGAGAGAAAGGUAAUAAUGGACUACCUGGUCGAGGUGGUCAGCCAGGAACUCGGGCUGAACCAGGUUCUCCUGGACGACCCGGAAUGGGAGGUGCUAAGGGAGACCGAGGUAAAGAUGGUCAAGAUGCUGUAGGAUUACCAGGAGCUAAAGGUACACCAGGAAUGCCCGGAAGAGAAGGAGGAAAGGGUAAUCCAGGUCUGCCUGGCCGAGAUGGAAACCCUGGAGAAAGAGGAAGUCCUGGAUCUGCUGGUAUGGGUGGAUCUAAGGGAGACGCUGGUUUACCUGGUCGAGCUGCUAAAGAUGGAGCUAAAGGUGAACCUGGAAGAGCAAUUGCUGGUCGUUCCGGUAAUGAUGGUUCUCCUGGCAAAGACGGCGUUCCUGGUCAGCCUGGAAUGAAGGGAGAUAUGGGUUUGGGUGGUUCUUCUGGAAAUCCUGGUAAAGAUGGACUACCAGGGCGGCCUGGAAAUGAUGGACGAAAUGGCGGAUUAGGGACUAAAGGAGAUAGAGGAAACCCUGGAACCCCCGGAUCACCCGGAACCCCUGGAACCGCUGGAACAAAGGGAGAUUCUGGACUUGCAGGACUUCCUGGUAGUGAUGGUCGACCAGGAAACCCCGGGGCAUUGGGCUCCAAAGGUAACGCUGGAGCCCCUGGAGUUGGAACCCCCGGUACAAAAGGAGAUAUGGGUACCCCAGGAAAUGCUGGUAUGCCUGGCCGAUCUGGAGGACUUGGUUCCCCAGGAAAGGACGGCCUCCCAGGGUCAAAUGGUCUCCCUGGAUCUAAGGGUGAUGCUGGAUUAGCAGGAACACCUGGUCGAGAUGGUGCACCAGGAAGAGCUGGAAUAAAAGGAGAUUCUGGAACUAUUAAUGCUCCUCCUGGACCCCCUGGGUCACCUGGACCUUCCGUUCCUGGAACCCCCGGAGCUAAGGGUGAGCCUGGUACCGCUGGACGUCCCGGACGUGAUGGAGCUAAAGGAGCAACUGUCAGCAACUUCGGAUCUCCAGGUAACCCUGGAACCCCUGGUGCUAUGGGAGCAGCUGGUGCAAAGGGAAGUCAAGGUAGAGCUGGUAACCCGGGAGGCCCUGGAAUGAAGGGAGCUGAUGGAAUUGGUACUCCAGGUACCCCUGGUGCUUCAGGUGCUAAGGGAGAACCUGGAAUGAAUGGAAGAGAUGGUGGUGCUGGACUCAAGGGAGACGCUGGACGAGCAGGACUCCCCGGAAGUUCACAAGGUGGAGCUAAAGGUGAACCCGGUCUUAACGGUAAAGAUGGUUUAAACGGGUCACCUGGAGGACGGGGCGACCCUGGAACCGCCGGCAGAGACGGAGGCAAAGGAAGCCCCGGAAGGGGCGGCAACCCAGGAGCUCGCGGAAGUCCUGGUAACCCCGGAUCUUCCGGGACUCCUGGAGGGGCUGGAGCUAAGGGAGACCCUGGGCGAUCAAUUCCUGGAAGAGAUGGAGCUGCUGGAAUGAAGGGACUCGCUGGCCGCAAUGGAAAUCCAGGAAACCCUGGAAGCCCAGGAUCUGCCGGAACCCCAGGAGGAGCUGGAGCUAAAGGAGAACCUGGUAGAGCUGGUUUAGACGGCAAUGGCAGAAACGGCAAUGAUGGACGACCUGGUUCUCCCGGUGCCAUGGGACUGAAAGGAGACAGUGGUACACCUGGUAGCCCUGGAAGCCCCGGAUCUGCAGGAUCUCCUGGCCUACAAGGAGGUGCUGGAACACCUGGAAGAAAUGGACAAAAAGGAGACAGGGGUAACUCUGGUAAUCCUGGUAGCCCUGGAGGUUCAGGCCUGCCUGGAAAUGAUGGUCUUAUGGGAACUGCAGGAUCACCUGGAGCUCGAGGAAAUAAUGGCUCACCUGGAGGUAACGGUAGCCCCGGUAAAGAUGGAGGCCCAGGAGUUAAAGGAGACCGUGGAUAUGAUGGUAACGCCGGAAGAGACGGAACUUCGGGUCCCAGAGGAAACCCUGGAUCCCCUGGUGCUGCUGGUGAAGAUGGUGCUUCUGGCCAAGGACCCCCUGGACCUCCUGGAUUUGACGGAGCUGAUGGAUCUGGUGGCCCCCGAGGACCACCAGGCCCCUCAGGUAUUGACGGAAUCAAGGGAAUAAAGGGACCUCCUGGACAAUCCUUCGAUACAUCUGACUGUCCAUCUGGUGCACCAGGACCCCGAGGGCAAACUGGUCUUCCUGGACCCCCUGGAAGCAACAUCCAACUGAACCCCUACAUCAUGGCAUUCCACUCUCAAACCACCACCCCGCCAAAGUGUCUGGACGGUAUGACUGAGCUCUGGACCGGGUAUUCGUUCAUGUUCAUGGACGUUGACAAGAUGGUUAUUGGCCAGCAUCUCUCCAAACCGGGGUCCUGCUGGAGAGAUUUCUACCCCAUGAGUGUGAUGAAGUGCCAAAGAGAGAACUGUCUGAACAGUGACCAGGAUUAUUCCUAUUGGAUGACGACCCGUGUGCCUAAACAGCAGUCUUGCAGUGCUUUCUACCCUGAUGGCGAUAUUGGAGUGGCAGAAGCACGUGAUAAAUACAUAAGCCGAUGUGUGGUGUGCGUGAGUGAUUACAAAUUGGUCUCAUACCAUUCCUUCACGGCCAGCCCACCAACCGCCCCCGAAAUGGCAAGAAUCGCACAAAAAGGCUGGGAAGAGGUUUACUCUGGUUACAGCUACAUCAUGCAAGUUGGCCCUGGAAGAGCCUUCGGAAACGCUGUCUUCGACCAUGAAUCUUGCAGAAGAGAGUUUACUCCCACAAUGAUUGCUCAAACUUACAAGAAAGACGUGAGGUUCAUUAGCUCUAACUUUAAGAGCAUGUGGCUGAUUGACAACAGUGCUCAAGUGGAUAAGAACAUCAAGGUAGACUCUGCCGCAGACAGGGCCAACUUUAUCCAGAACUACCUGGGCAAGUGUGUUGUCCUGAGAAGGUCUGUAGAGAGGAGGAUGUACUACUACAGUGAUACACCUGACAACUACGAUGAAGAAUAA